CCAGGUUAUGAAUGACGGCGGGCGGGGGUUUUCCGGAGUCGGUGUCUGCGCGAGUUUUCUCUUGUAGCUUUGCGCGAGGCGGGAGCUCGAAGGCCGUGGCUUCCAGAAGUCGCCUCGGAAUCCCGGCUCGGGCUGGCGGGAAGGCGCUGCGGCCCGCACGCCCGCACCUGGCCGCGCCCUCCCUGCCUGGCCGCGCCCCUGCGACCAGGUAACUGAAAAAAGAAAAUGAAAGGCACUAAAAGAAGCCCUACUGAACAAUCUCUGUACCUGGACUUCUGUCAGCAAACGGAAGGCUGCAUCUUUCCUCUUCAUACGUCUAUAGCUUUGUUCUUAUUAUCAUACUGUGACUGCAAGAUCUUUAAAGUUUACUUAGUCCUCACCAAAGAAAAUCCAGAUAGUUCACUACUAAGAGAUAUACUGUCCCAGGAUAGGGAAAUACAGGUUAUUUCAAGGCAAGAACUCCCACCGAUAGUUCAGAAUUGUUGUUUGCCUGCAGUUGUAGAACAACCAGAUGUCUUUUGUAGAGCAGGACUUGCUGUCGUACUAAGACACAUAAUCCAGAAAUCAUAUGAAGCCGACUCCUCAAGGAAAGAAAUUUUGGAACUUCUGGGUUUUAAAAAGACUUGUUUGAAAGCCUGUGCUGAAGUUAGUCAAUGGACUAGGCUAUGUGAACUCACCAUCCCUUUGGCUGUUGAGAAUUUUCUCAGAGAGUCUCCUGACAAACCCCCAGCGAUCCCUGUAGAAAUAGUACAGCUGGAGAGAAAACUCAGCGAGCCUGUUAGAGUGCACAACGAUGACAAACUCCGCAGGCAGAAGCUGAGGCAACAGAAAGCUACUGGAGCUGAGCCUCUCCCUGGUAAGGAAAAAGCAAAAAGUAAAAUCUGUACACAGCAAGCAUCCAAAGAGCUGGCCUGUUCAUCUAAGAGUCUGGAACUGAAAGUGGCAUUUUCAAAGCUCACAGUGCAGGAGGAACUGCCUACUGCCAGCAGGGAGCCUUCUCACAUCAGAAAAGCAAAAGCCACUGACCUUCCACCUCUGGAGCAUGUGUUUGCAGAAGGACUGUACUUCACUUUGACAGACAUCGUUCUUUUGCCCUGUAUCCACCAUUUUUUGAUGAUUGUCUGCAAGAGAUUUUCUGAAAAGCUGACAGAAUUUCCACUGCUAGCCUCUUGGUACCAGAGGAUUCAGGAGGUACCCAGAGUAAAAACAGCAGCAUCCAAGUGUGGGAUCCAUUUCCUGUAUUUGCCAGAAUUACUGAGCACUUCUGAUGAACAGCAUCCUGACUUAAGUGAAGUGACAGCUGUAGAGGAACUAAAUGAUCCUUCAUUUAUAGGAGGACCAAGACCCACUAUGACGAAGUUAAUGGAAAAAGGCAUUGAAGUGAUGUUUUCUCCCCACCCUUCUCCUGCUUGGACCCUUGACUGGUACAGGCUUCCUGCAGCAGUUAGCCCAAGAGAAGGCAAAAUGUCCUCCGAUCGAGCUUUGAGGAAGCAGCAGCAGUUAAACAACCUUGUGUAUGUGGUGAUAAAUCAGGCUAAACCUGGUGACAGAAUUGUGGAUUUCUGCAGUGGCGGGGGCCACGUUGGAAUUGUCCUUGCUCACAUGCUGCCAUCUUGUCAGGUUAUAUUAAUAGAAAACAAGGAAUUAUCAUUAAUCCGUGCCAAGAAGAGAAGUGAUGAACUAGGUUUAACCAACAUUUGGUUCAUUCAAGCAAAUAUGGAAUAUUUUACAGGAAUGUUUAACAUUGGGGUGGCAUUGCAUGCUUGUGGAGUGGCAACAGACAUGGUGAUUGAGCACUGCAUCAAAACACGGGCUUCUUUUGUCACAUGCCCUUGCUGUUAUGGUUUCAUUCAGAACACUUCAAAGUUUAAUUUCCCAAAAAGGGAGCAGAGGCGGCAAGCAGGGUCAGGAUGGCCUGAACAGUUCAAGAAAACUUUAUCAUAUAAGGAACACAUGAUUCUGUGCAGAUUUGCAGAUCAGACAGCUGUCCAGCUUCCACCCCAGCGAAGACUCAUAGGGAAGCAGUGCAUGUGCCUGGUGGAUCUGGACCGUGCAAGAGCUGCAGAAGAACGUGGCUACUCUGUCCAAGUGAUAUCUAUGGAGCCGGAGAGCUGCUCUCCCAAAAAUAACAUGAUCGUGGGAGUCCCCACGUAGAGUAGGAUUGUCCCAUUUGAGGUCUUGCGGUGGGCUUCAAGAUGAAAGCCCAGUGGCAUAUGGCUGGAAAACAGCAUUUACCUGAGCCUGAGUGCGAAGGAAGGAAAGCUACAGUAAAAUCUUAAAGAAAAGCUGCCUGCAAAGGAUCACAAAUGUUCUUACAUCAUGAGGCUAAAGACUACUGGAUUCCUAGUGGGAAUCGCUCAGGUCUCCACUGCCAAAGGAAUAGUUCUCACUAGGCAAGGUCCUAGCUGCAGAAUGGCAUUUCCUCUCAGCUCACCAGCUUUUCUGGUCAUGUCAGUGUGAUGUUCAAUUCAAAGUGCCCUAUAACCUUCAUUUUAUAGUCCUAUCGUUGUCCACACAUGGCCAUCAAAACCAGCAGGGGCUAUGGUUUUUAUAGUUUUAACAAUGUACUUUUUCUAUAAUUUUUAAUCUAGAAAAGUAAGCAUAGUAUGAUUUUUUUAAAUCCUGGGUUACUUGAAUUUGUAUAUCAUGUAGUAUCCUCCUUUUAAAUGUAUGUCCAAUAAAUUAUCAAAUGAAAUUGUUGCUGUUCAGACAUUCCAUGUGAGAAAAUAUAAUUGAGUUGCACUAAAAUAUGCAUUCUGAAAAUACAGAAUUAGAAUUCCAUAUUUUCAGAAUGCAUAUUUUGUUAUUUAUAUACUUGAUUAAGUGUAUAAAUAACAAGAUACACUGGAAUCUCUUCUUUUCAAGAGCCUGGCCUAGUUUUUUCAGAAAAUACAGGAAUGAAUUACCCAGACACAGUGUUUGCCUAACAAAGGACAUAGUGUAGAAGAGAAAAACUGUAUAGUUAGUUAAGUUCUUUGUGUCAUACCAUAACGUAUAGUAGUAUAUUUGGAGGAGUUUUGCAAAGUUAAUUGAACAUAAAUUUGAGUGUGAGGUAUAUGGAAUGUGGAAGGUUUUUUGAAUAGUCCUCUCUGCCUAAAUUCUCAUUUUCCACCAGCUAACAUUUUUAACUAGACAGCACAUCUCUUCAUGUGUGCUGCAACUUAUAUGUCCUAGAUUAUUACAGUUAAGAUUUAAUUAUUUGAUCUUGAUGUUUCCAUAUCCAUAAAGAAAAAGGACUCAAAGACUUCAUUUGGUUGUCAUUGUACUUUUGAAUACAGGAAUAAUUUACAGAGUAAUAUGGAUGGGAAAAGCGGAGUUUUGCAGUUUUAUGGAUAAAAUUUAAGAUGAGAAUUAACCAUCAGCCUUAAGUAUUGUAUUCAUUGGUACCCAUAACUACAAUGUGCUCUUUUAUCCUGAACUUUCUUCUUAAAAUUGAGAUAUAAUUUGCAUACAAUGUAACUGCAGAUUUUUAAUUUUUUUUUUUUAAAUUAUGUGUAUGUGAAUAGGUAUGCACAUGUGGAAGUGCCAGUGCCCCAGGAGGCCAGAGGCAUUGGAUCCCCUUGAAGCUAGAGUUACAGGCAGUUUUGAGCUGCCUGAUGUGGGUGCUGGGAACCAAACUUGGGCCUUCUGCAAGAGUAGUUUUGCACUCUUAACUGCUGAGCCGUCUCUCCAGCCCUUAACUGCAGAUUUUAAAGUGUUUCAUUUGAAAAGUUUCCACAGCUGUGUAUUCCCAUACAAUCACCUCUAAAAUAAAAGCUAAUAUUUUCAUGAGAUAUUGUUAGAUAUAU